AACGACUUUACAACCAUAGAAAUACAAUUACAUCAAGGAAUCUCUCAUAAAAUCCCUUCUUUACCUUAAAACGAGAGACGCCAAACGCGAAGGUAAUUAUUUGUAAACACAAUAAUAAUUCCAUCACUACAUCGGGGUCCAGGUCCUAGCCGAUACAGUAAAAGGUUCCGAGCUUAUACCAUCAGCGUGCGGAGCCGCUUUGCAUCUGCAGCUACAGGCAAGCUAGUUGAAUCCAAGCUUACGCUACAUAUGACCCCCCCUCAGAAUCCAAACUCUCUUCGAAGGGAGAAGAAUUGGUCUGACUUAACGAAAGCUGGGCAUUUCGCUAUGACUGAAGCGUGGCAAACACUCGUGGCGGCCAAGCGCAAGGCCAACGCGGCCAAAAUACCACUAGAAUGGCGACUGUCGCCGGAGAUUUUGGGAAAAAUCAGCCCACAAGCUCACUUCGGGGUACUCGAUAUACCGCGAACAUGUGGAAUUCUUACAAAGACAGAGGUAGAGCUCACUGAGAACUAUACUGCCGCUGAGCUGCUUAGAAUGAUGGCAAAUCAAGUUGUCACUUCGUAUGCAGUUACUUUGGCAUUUUGCAAAAGAGCUGCCAUCGCUCAGCAACUGGUCAAUUGCUUGACAGAAAUCUUCUUUGACGAAGCCCUCGUUCGCGCGAAGAAAGCAGACGAUCACCUUGCAAAGACUGGACAAGUAAUAGGCCCCCUGCACGGCUUACCCAUUAGUCUCAAAGACAGCUUCAAUGUCAUCGGUGUAGAUGCGACCAUCGGGUAUGUCGCAUUUGCGAGGAGACCUCCUGCAACAAACAAUUCUUCCGUAGUUGAGAUUUUGAUUCGCGCGGGCGCAAUACCAUACGUUAAGACGAAUCUCCCACAAACUAUGAUGACUGCAGAUUCUGACAACAACCUCUUUGGACGUACUCUAAAUCCAAAUAAGCUCUCGCUCACCGCAGGUGGAAGUACGGGUGGCGAAGGCGCCCUACUUAAGAUUCGAGGGUCUAUCCUCGGCGUCGGUACUGAUGUUGCAGGAUCUAUUCGAAUACCUUCUUAUUGCAAUGGUGUCUUUGGUUUCAAACCUACCAGUGGCCGCAUUCCUUUUGCUGGAGGUGUACCACCUGGUCGACUUGGGGCUCCUACAGCUAUCCUACCAACGAUUGGACCUGAGGGCCACUCAGUAGAAGAUAUGGAGCUCUGGAUGAGGACUGUUAUUGAUAGUGAACCUUGGGAUCUGGAUCCUAAUUGUCUUGCUGUGCCUUGGAGACGCGUUGAGCCAUUUACACGGCCAUUGAGACUUGGUGUGAUCACUGAUGACCCCAAACGCAUGUUACAUCCCACUGUGCUGCGUACCAUCAAAUCUGCUAGUGAGGCCUUGAAGAACGCAGGCCAUAUGAUCAUGCCUUUGGACGGACUCAUUCCGUCAAUUUGGGAAUCAUGCAUUCUUUCUUGGAAAUACUUUGCUCUCGAUCCACAAGAUACCCCCGCCAAGAUUCUUGCCGAAGUGAACGAGCCUUUGGUGCCUAGUAUCUCGACCACUUACCUUGAUGAAAUACCUCAAGGCUGGCACCCGAGUAUCGAUGAUCUUUAUGCCAUGAAUAUGGAGCGUUUCAAGAUCAUUCAUUCUUACCACAAAAUACUCACUGAGAAUAGUUUGGACGGUUUCAUCAUGCCCGUAUACCAGGCUACUGCUGUGCCACAUGAUACGUACGGAUUACCAAUUUGGACCGUUUUGCCCAACCUGAUAAAUUAUCCAGCAGGUGUGAUACCAUACCUGAAGGCGGACAAGAAGGAAGAUGCGCCAUUCGUAAGAACAGGUGUCACUUAUGAACCCCCAUAUAAUGCCGAUGCCGUUGAGGGAGCACCAUGUGGUCUGCAAGUGGUAGGCAGGCCCAUGAAGGACGAGGAAACACUGAAAAUGAUGGAAGUGAUUGCAAAUGUGCUAAAAGCUACGACAUCAGAGUAGAACACAAGAACUAGCUUCGAAAAGUGAUGCUCCAUGGCCACAUACAAAUAUCUCAGGUUGCCCUCAUCUACAGCAAUCAGCAGCCCGCCCAGGUAUUCAAUCAUUAUCACUAUUCGCAUUGUUACGCCCCCAACGCCGAACUUUGCAGUCUCCCUAUGCACGCAAGCAUACAAACUUAUGCUCCUACAUGACAACGCAACAGCUGUUCUGCUUCUUGGCCUGCUUGUAGAACAUCUGGCUCCUCUCGCUCAAAUCGCCGCUCCUUGCAACAAGACUAUCAAUCUUUUCUCCUCUGUCGAGCACACUCUCGAUAGUUUUGUGAAGCACGACUUUGGUCUCGUCAAGCUCUUUCUGGAUCUUCAUGAUCGAAUCGGCAUUCUCUGGGUUCUGAUAUUUGGUGAUGUAUUCUUUGAGUUCGGGGAAAAGCAUCUUGUUGUCUUCGCGCUGGCUACGGAUGUUGUUGAUUGGGUUUUUGGUGAGGAACUCAUCGAGGACCUUGGAGAGAAGUUGGUGAGCCACCAUGGCUGGAUAUUCCUGAUCCGAGAUUAUGAUACCACAAACUCCCUCGGAACGGGCAUAGGCGUGGAAAGUGUAUGCUAAAUCGGACAUGAGAUCUCUCAUAUGGAAAGGGAACAAUAAUUUCGAUGCCUACAUUGC